AUGGCCGCCUCUAACAAAGAUUUAUUGGUAAAAACUGGAAUCACUCAUAUCUUGACAGUUGCAAAGGAUCACCCUCCUAAAUUCCCCUCCAGUUUCACAUAUAAGGUCGUGAAAGUGCUCGAUUUACCCUCAACGAACCUCAAAUAACGAUUUAUGCCUUGUAUAUAAUUUAUUCAAGAUGCAGUCUCUAAAAAUGGGAAGGUAUUUGUUCAUUGUUAUGCUGGAGUAUCCAGAAGUGCUACAAUAGUAAUUGCAUAUUUAAUGCUUGAACAUGGACUUUCAUUUUCAGCUGCCAUUAAGUUGGUAAAAAGCAAAAGACCUUUCAUAAAUCCUAACGAUGGCUUUAGAAAGUAACUCCUACUUUUUGAAAAAGACCUGAGAUAGUAAAAAUCAUAAAAAGAAAAUGUUCAGACUGGAAAUCUCUUAGUCACCUAAGGAAUGAAAUUCUAGAAUUUAAUAUCAUAAGCGGAUUAAAAAUUUCAAGAACAGAGACAAAUCUCAGGUAUAAGCUAGGGACAAAAUAAAAUGUAAUUGUCAAAGUUGAUUCAACAGAGCUUAGGAAUGGGUAACGGAGCGUAUAAUAGUGAUCAGCAUAGUAUAGUAGGAUCUGCCAGCAAAUACUCUAGAACUGGAUUUUUAGGUAGUAUGAUGCCAGCAACCUAAUUGAAUUCAAACAGACCUAAUUUUCAUGCUAUUACUCAAGAUAAUUAGAGUUAACCUUUAAGUUCAUCUUCAAGCGUAAAAAUCAAUUAAUAGCACAAAAUCUAAACUGCCUAGUAAAAACUCAGAGACAAAAGUUAGAGGCCCUUAGGAAUUGUUUAAUCACCCUAAGCUGCGGAUAAUGAGAUUGGGCAAUACAAGUAAAGAGGAAAAUCAGAGGUUAUGAACGGAGCAAAAAUACCGUUUAUGAAUUUGAGACUUAAGGAGUUAGAUAAAUAGAAUCAGUAGAUUAAAGCAUCUGGAUCCAGAUUAAGACAAGAACUAAUAUACUCCUCUAACCAUAGAGCUAAUAAUUUAAUUGGAAAUGGAAUAAUGGGAGUGAGCAAGACAUACAAUCAUGUGAAAUUGAACCCUAUUUAAGAUUAAAAGCAUUCAAACAUCUUAGGCAUGGCUAUAGCUGAUAGCAGAUUCGGUAUGCCUCUUAAUAUUCAGAAUUUUUGA